CUGCCACACUUGCAGUACGUCAAUUCGCAGAAUACCAUCGGAUAUCCAUUGUGUGGCAGACAUUGUUCCAAAUUUGUGUUUUCUGUAAAUUUUUUCUUAGUUUUAAGUGCUGCUAAAGUUAAAGUAAAGUGCAGUAAAAGCGACCGAAGAAACGGAAUUUCGUUUUAUUAAAUUAUAACUAUAAAGCCAUGAACCCUGAAUACGACUACUUGUUCAAACUGUUACUCAUUGGAGAUUCGGGAGUUGGAAAAUCAUGUUUGCUACUUCGUUUUGCUGAUGAUACUUACACAGAGAGUUAUAUUAGUACAAUUGGUGUAGAUUUUAAAAUACGUACAAUCGACUUGGAUGGGAAAACAAUUAAACUACAAAUUUGGGAUACAGCAGGACAGGAAAGAUUUCGAACAAUCACAUCCAGUUACUACCGAGGUGCUCAUGGUAUUAUUGUAGUGUACGACUGCACUGAUCAAGAUUCUUUUAACAAUGUCAAGCAGUGGUUAGAAGAAAUCGAACGUUAUGCUUGCGACAAUGUCAAUAAAUUACUCGUAGGAAAUAAAAGUGAUCUUACCACAAAAAAAGUUGUAGAUUUUCAAACAGCAAAGGAAUAUGCUGAUCAGUUGGGUAUUCCGUUCCUCGAAACUUCGGCAAAAAAUGCGACAAACGUAGAACAGGCCUUCUUAACAAUGGCCGCGGAAAUCAAAAAUCGAGUAGGACCACCAUCAUCUGCAGCAGAUCAAGGUGGCAAAGUGAAAUUUGACCAGAGUCGUCCCGUUGAAUCUACCAAAUCAGGAUGCUGCUGAGGAAAUUUUCCACUUAAUCCAUGGUUUAGGUGAUCCACUCUCAUGUUAUUUCUUCUUUUGUACAGUAGCCAAUUGCUACAAAUUAUUCUAGUAAAUAUCCGUCUACAUGUAUAGUUAUUUUUGUUUUACUAGUUCGUAUUACGCUAAAUUUCAUAUAAGAUUUGUAAAAUAAAUUAUGACACCAACCAAAA